AUGAGGUAGCAACAGUGACAAACCCGGAAGGGAAAGGAAAAUAACUUGAAACAAACAAAAUCCCUAGCGUGAGUGGCUCUGCAACAAAAGGAGAAGCAGAAACGAGUAAAUUAUGAGCAAAGCACAAGAAACCAAAAAGCAGAUGCGAAUGAGCUGUGGACAGCGAGCGGAUUGUUAAGAGAUUCGCGAAGGUCCAUUGUUCCUGCAGUCUUCACAGUAACAGGUUGUGCGGGGAUAACUGAGGGAUAUGAACUGGAACUAGCGUAUAUACAGAGAUUUCUUCAACUCAUACACUUAAUUUUGCAUUUAUGCCUCCACCGAGACCUUUUAAUGCUCUAAAUAACGAAGACGGAUAAAAAAAACGUUUACCACUUUUUAAACGCUAAAAUUACUUAUGCGUUUUAACAUGCGAUUAAGUACUCUUUUGAUUUGAUUUUUCUUUUUAGAUUUCACAAAGUCUGUAAAUGGUAGUUAGAUAGCAAUGACUGUUGCUGUGUUUUUCGGGUGUACAUUUAUCGCCUUUGGGCCAGCCUUCGCCCUUUUUAUUUUCACUAUCGCCAGGGACCCUCUCCGAGUUAUCAUUCUGAUUGCAGGAGCUUUCUUCUGGCUGCUGUCCCUGCUGCUUUCUUCACUGGUGUGGUUUAUUGCCAUGAAAGCCACUGGUGGCCAGGACUACCAGUUGCAGAGGGGGCUCCUCAUUUUUGGGGUGAUGUUUUCUGUGAUCCUGCAGGAGGUGUUUCGAUUUGCCUACUACAAGCUGCUGAGAAAAGCCAAUGAAGGACUGGCAGCACUCAGUGAAGAUGAGCACUCACCUAUAUCAGUCCAGCAAAUGGCUUAUGUGGCUGGGCUGGGGUUCGGGAUCAUGAGUGGAGCCUUCUCCAUGAUCAAUAUCCUGUCGGACUCUCUAGGGCCGGGGACUGUGGGGAUACAUGGGGACUCCCAAUACUACUUCAUCACUUCAGCCUUCAUGACGCUGGCGGUGACCUUGUUGCACACUUUCUGGGGCGUGCUGUUCUUUGACGGCUGCGAGAGGAGAAGGUGGUGGGUCAUCGCCCUGGUGGUGGCGCUGCACCUGCUAGUGUCAGGACUGACAUUCCUGAAUCCAUUUUAUGAGGGGAGUCUACCGCCUGCAUAUAUAAUCAUGGUAGUAAUGGGUAUAUGGGCUUUCUUCUCAUCCGGAGGAUCUCUUCAGAACAUACUGCACGUCUUGUCGUGUAGGAAAAAUGGCGUGGAUUCACAAGUAACUUCUUAAGUCAAACACAUUGUCAUUUCUGGCCAAGUGAUCGUAACGAGACUUCCAGGUUUUGUCAGAAUACUUUGGAAGAAUAAAUUAUACGGGAGGCUCCAGCAGUUUAUGGGCAGCAAUAUGGGCACAAUAUUCCAUUGUCCCUCACAAACCUGUCUGAAGAAUUAUUCUACAGGGAACUGAGUAAUACUGUAACAUAUGUAAAUGGACUAAGUAGUUUUUUAGGUCUCUGUUGACCAGUAAGUGUAACUAAGAACUUGUGCAGUGUAAACGUGAGGUUCAAAAACACAAGGGAUCAGUUUUUUAACCAUUUUGAUUCAUAUUCUCUGUUUUUUGUUUCUUGAUUUUUGUUUCUGGAAUAGGUCUGUGCAACAUGUACUAAAAUAUAAAAGCCAAGCCCUAAUAUCUUUAUUCUGAGAACAGAUUUUAUUAAAAUUUUAGUUGUUAAAAAUGUUAUACAGCGGCAUAAUUGCUUCAUUGUAAUUUUUCUAAUUAGUAUUAACUAGUAUGAUUUCAGUUUAAGCAAAAAAUGUUCCCGUAGAGGAGCUAGGUUGCAUACUGCCAGUGAUAACUUCCUAAUACUGCUGUUCUGUUUUUAAAGGCCUAAUUUCAAAUCUUGCUGCUGUCACUGGUAUGCUCCAUUUAGUGUUUUUGAAGAUCUGUAUUUAGUAGUUUUUCUGGACUCUUGGGUUAUGCAAAGCAGCCCCUGAAUUUUGAAUCAUGAUUCUUUUGAUAAAGUUUAACGUCUCCCCUAAAGAGUAGGACAUAUUGUCAGCUAUGCUUCCCUUUUACAUACGUGACAUUAGAUUCUGGCUACUGGAACAAUUAUGUUGAGGUACAUCACUCAAGAGUGCAAUAGUGUCUCACCUAGGGGCUGAACCUACAACCGUCCAAAGCCCUAUUCACUACUCCACACUGCUGCAGUUCUGUUUUAUAUAGAUAUAACUUUCUUUACCUCCCACAUGAGUCGCGAAAGAGGGUUAGAUGCAGUGUUACAUUAUCUGUAAUAUUUCUGCCAGCCAUGCAAAUUCAACAAGUUUCAUCAAGGUUAAUGAAAGAUAAAGCUUUACAAAACACUCUUUGUAUCUUUGGGAUAGGAAUAAGAACCUAUCAGAAAAAUGCACUGCCACCCUGAAAGCCUUUUUUUUCCCCCAAGACAACGUAUUUGAAAAUGUAGUAGUUUUGGCAGGCUUCUGCUUAAAUACUGUACAUUACCUUUAAUUGUCAUUCAACUAGUUAACUUAUUCUGGUGCAAUGAUAAAAAGGUUGCUCAGAUUACUUAUUUCUUUGCACAUUGUAAUUUAUAGUGCCGUGUUAUCAGAAAUGCAUCAGAGUGGAUAAUUAUGAAUCCUAUAGACUUUACUUGAUACUUGUAAUUGUCUCCAUAUGUUUAAUGUCAUUUGCCAAGAUCAUUAAUUUGGGUUUUUGAAGACUCACGUUUAUACCUACUUUUGUUUUUUUAUUACAGUAUUUUUGUCUCACACUAUUUUUUCAAAACCAGAUUUUCAAAAUGGGCUUAAAAGAGUUUUGUUUUUUUAGGGUGAUUUUGUUUGUUUAUGGUGAUGAAAGUAGUUUCUGAAAAUACAAUAGGAAAUGUUGAUGGAUACACAUCCUUAACCCCAAAUGUAUGAUCUUUGUAUUAUCUGCAGACUUUAUAGUUACAAGGCUGCUUUGAUUUUACUUCUGCUCUUUAUAAUUAGUUUUUGUUGUUAAAAUCUUUAAGGAAGUCCAAAGGAAUGUUCAAAUAAAUACUGCUCCUUUCAGUCCAUACAUAUGGCAAAAAACAUGCAUGAAACCCCCCAAACAUCACUAGAAAACCUUUGGCAAUCAGUUAGGAACAUUUGUACUCUUAAGAUGCUAAUAAAUAAAACAAUUGUGUUUUGAAUUAUUUUUUUUAAUGGAAGUAUUAAAACUUUGAUCUUAAGGAUAACCACGAGGUGGCGCUGUUUGUUGACUAUUGGAAAUCUGAGCUCUGAAGGACAUCCAAGCCUUAGACAGAUGCUACCUUUGCCUUGAAAUCAAGAAUAUUUCAAGUUUUUUUGUGGUAAAGAAUGAAUAAUCAUUUUGAGAAACAGUAAAGAAUGUCCCCAACAACAUCACCACGUGUCUUGGCUACAGAUUUUUUUUUUAAUAUUCAAAUUAUAUAAGUCAUGCACAUUUAAAAUCAUAACAAAAUUACAUUAGUGGUUAAGAUUGGUAUUUCAUUUUCUGUUGUCAAAAACCUAAUUUUUGUACAAGCAGGUUUGUUAGAGAAAUAAACAUUUCAAUCAUGUAGAAGUUUUGGUGGAACCACUGCAGUUUUGGGAGAACUUAUAAAAAAUGAACACCAAAGAAGCUUCUUUUGCUACAGUAUAUAUGGUUGCCAGUAGUAGCAAAGCUCCUUUUGUAAUACACUGAAAAGCAGCCAAAGACAAAAAAUAGUGCUGACAGUGUGUCAGCUCAAUACAUUUCAGAAAAUAGCUCCCUGUUGUAAUUCUCAAAAGUGGCUUCUCUUGAGAGCAGAUUUGAAAGUUGAGUGUUUUGUGAUUAUGUAUAAAGUGUGUCAAGGCAGCUGACACCGGAAAGGGGUACGGUUGAUGUCCAGCAAAGCAAUACAAUAAAGAUUACAGUGUUAUUUUAGGGGCAGGUAAGAUGACAUCGGCUGCCUGCACGUGUAAUAUUGUUUGAAGGGACAAAGCUCCCUCUUCACUGUAGCUGGAAGCCUGGCUCUGCAGAAAGUUGUUUAAGGUAAAGAUGUGAAAGCAGCUGUGGAAAUAAGUGUCUAUUCAGGCUGGUUUCUGGUUUGGUUGGACAAACCCUUUGAUUUAAUUGUGGUUGUGUGAGCUUUUAUUAAGCUAUGUGAGUCUUUGAGUCAAAGUUUUUUUAAUAAUUCUUUGAACAAUACAAAUUCUCAGGUCGGUUCUUUAAACAGAUAUACAGGCUCAGAGGUAACCUGACUUUAAGCUUGUACAGAGAAAAAGUUGGUUCUGCUUUUCUACUACUUUUAGACCUUUUUACAUAAUGUACGCAGUAUUAGCAGGAACAUCUGCAAUGUUAUCUCUCUGGUUAUGGUUGUAUUAUUUGCAACCUUUUCUUUCCUGAUAAUAGGCAGAUUAACUAUUAUUAUAGUUUUAAAAUUAAAAAAAUCUUCCAGAUAAUUUUACCCCCACCUUCCCGUCUCCUUAGUAUUCAUAAUACUUGUGUUUGUCCAGUUUCUAACACACUGCUCUUCAGUGUUUCUUUAGUCCACGUAAUUUGAUCCGUUGAUUCAUUUGAAUUGUAAACCUUCAGAGUCCAGAGAGAAUAAGAGGAGGGAUAUUCUGCACUAGUUUUCUCUGAAAUGGCUAAUAAAUUAAGCUUACAGCAUUGCAGAACAGUUUCAACACCUAACUGCACCAUAUACAGUAUAAAGACGAUGAAAUUAAAUUGGCUCCAAGCUAACAAUUUAACGGGUGCACUCUUAACAAUGGAACAGGGAAACACAGGAGUGUACUACAUAUGGAUUAUGUAUGCAAGAUUAUUUUUGUAAGUAGCAGAAAUAUCCCAGAAAUACUUUCUUCUGCUGUUUUCUUGUUUUGGCUUCUCAGUAGUUUAUAGCAUUAGUUUUAAUUUGGUGCUUUAAUUUCAAAUGCAUUUUUUUAAGAAUUGUUAAUUAAAAUUAGUAAGGUUAAAAAGUUUAUACACAAGAGCCCAAGUUGAAUAAUACCACUGCAUUUAACUGUAUAAAAUGUGCCAAAAAUAUGGGAUUAAAGGUCCAGGUCACAGAAACAAGUAAUCUCUUGAAUUUUGUAAUAAUAAUAAACACAUUGUACAGUU